UGUCACUAGUUUUCUCGACGAUCUUGCAGGAUGGUGUGGUUAAGUCCGCUUUAAACUACGGAAUUAAUUCAGGAGAAAGUCACGUCGAAAUGUCUUUGAAUGCGUUGUCAUGUGAAAGCGACGUAACGUUCGGGCUCCGUGACGUAUUGAGGAAACCCGAGUUUCGUGGCGUAGUUCAUGAACGACAGCUAACAAAUGAAGUGGCUCUCAAACAUCUGACACCAAGUAUCUCCCAACAGAAUUUCUUAACCCUCCAAAUCCACCGCCGUCAUGACCAACGUUAUCAUACAGUUGCAUAGUAGACCUUAAAACGAGGCAAACAUUUUCUUCUAUAAAGUGCACUUUUAUCAUUGUAGGCCAUUGUAACAUUCUGUACAGUUGAAACAUUGACACCGCUUUUAAAUAUAGAAAAAUAUACAAUGAAUGCAAAUUUAUUGCGAUAAAAAGCUAAAUGUAAAUGAACUGUCCUCACUAGUGACACUUUAACGUGCCACAGCUGCAGAAUCACUGAAUUCUUGGACGUUUGUGUCGACUUUUGAUGCUGAAUUAAGUCAUUCAACUUAGCAACCGCUUAUCUUCACGAGGGUCGCACAGCAGUCUUAAGGCAGCAGGCAGGGUAGAUCCUGGAAAAUUUGCAACUUGAGUGAUGUCAUUGCUGUUUGUUCUUAAUGCGCUUAUUGUGUUGAACAUGGAGUGCGCGAGAGAGGCUAAGAUGAGCCGGACGUGCAAGAACUGCGGCAGUUCUGACGUGGACGUGGACCAUGCGCGCGGGGACGCCGUCUGCAUGGCCUGCGGGUCCGUUCUGGAGGACAACAUCAUCGUCUCCGAGGUGGAGUUUGUUGAGUCGGGAGGAGGACGCUCGCUUGCGGCCUCGCAGUUUGUCUCUUCGGAAGGUGGCGCCAAGAAUCCGUCGUUCGGAGACGGUCAUCUGGCCCACGCGGGAAAGGAGUCGCGGGCGCAAACACUCUACAGAGCCAAGCAGCACAUUGGUGUCCUAGGCCACCAGCUUCAGCUGAACCAGCACUGCCUGGACACGGCCUUCAACUUCUACAAGAUGGCACUGGCCAAGCGCCUGACGUGCGGGCGCAAGGCGGCGCACACGGUGGCCGCCUGCAUCUACUUGGUGUGCCGCACUGAAGGAACUCCGCACAUGUUGUUGGACCUCAGCGACAUCGUUCAGGUGAACGUGUACACUUUGGGAAAAACCUUCCUGGCACUCUCCAGAGACCUUUGCAUCAAACCUCCCGCCAUAGACCCGAGCCUCUACAUCCCGCGUUUCGCUCAGCUGCUGGAGUUCGGCGACAAGAACCACGACGUGGCUAUGACUGCGCUGAGGCUGGUGCAGAGGAUGAAGCGGGACUGGAUGCACACCGGACGAAGGCCCUCCGGACUCUGCGGGGCCGCUCUCCUGGUUGCCGCUCGCAUGCACGACUUUUGCCGCACGACCAAAGAAAUCAUCAAUGUGGUCAAAGUGUGCGACAGCACGCUGAAAAAAAGACUAGCAGAGUUUUCGGACACGCCCACCAGCCUGCUGACGGUGGAGGAGUUCAUGAAGGUGGACUUGGAGCAGGAGUGCGAUCCUCCCUGCUUCACAGCUGGACUGCGCAAGAUAAAAGCCCAGCAGCUAGAGGCGGAGCUCACCAAGAAGAUGGACGACAUUGAAGGAGAGAUCGAAAGCUACCAGGACCAAAUCGAGUCAGAGCUGGAAAGCAGCCGACCCAAACUCAAAGGAAUUUACGCCGCCUACACCAAACAAGACUUUCAGCAGCACGUGAACGAGGCCCUGGGCGCGUCCCCUGAGCCGGAGGAAGAGGACCAAAAAGAGACGGAGGAGGACGAGGACGUUCUGGAGGCGGUGGCCAAACACUUUGGCAAAGAUUUGGCCGAGCUCACCCUGGAGAAGCUCAUCGAGUUGGAGCAGAUCGGGGGCGCAUCUGAAGACCCGCACCGGCAGGAGCCCAAGAGGAAAGGACCUACGCUGGCGUCCAUCUUGGGAGCCAGCCUGCCCACCGCUGCUUCGCUCGGCCUCAACAACUCUUGUGCCAAAGAGGAGCAAGAUGACGAAACUUCUGCCGAAGGCGGCGAGCUGGACCUGAGCGGCAUCGAUGAUAGCGAGAUCGAGCUGUACCUGCUGAGUGAAAAGGAGAUCAAGGUCAAGACAGCUCUCUGGAUGGCUGAGAACUCAGACUACCUCAAAGAACAGAAAGAAAAGGAGGCCAAGAUUGCCAAGGAGAAGGAGUUGGGCAUCUACAAGGAAAAGAAGAAGCGAGUGACGGCGAAGCGGGUGGCCAUCCGAGCCGACACGGCUGAUGAGGCCAUCGAGAAAAUGCUGGAGCAGAAGAAGAUCUCCAGCAAGAUCAACUACGAUGUGCUCAAGGACCUCAACAUCAAGAACGCAGCCGGCCCCGCUCCCAAGUCCCCCCGGGGUCUUGAAACCGGCAUGACCGGGCUGAACGGACGUUAUCAAAGGCCGGGACGGGCCUCGCUCAACCUCAGCACACCGCUCAGCUCGCUGGGGAAAAGGUUACAGCCAUUUGUGAGCGGGCGACCUGGCAAGAAGAUGGCUGUACAGCAGCCCUCCCGCGCAGCCCCCGUGGCCGCGGCGGCGCCGGCGCCACCGUCCGUGUUGGUGGAGAGCGGCCCGGUGGCCUACGACGACCCGGCGGGCGAGGAGGACGAGGACGAUGAAGAGGACGCCUGCGUAAGCGUCAUAGAGCUGAUGGGCAGUCAAGCAAAUUACGGCUGCGAUGAUUACGACGACGGCUUCUAGCGGCGGCUAGUUUUGUCCUUCGACGUCGCACCGCUUUGCAUACUUGAAGGGACGCAGCCUUCACCAGAACAAGAUGGCGGAUUCCGCGGAGAAGGGUCACACAUCUGUCGUUGGGCAGCUAAGAUGGCACCGGCGACACACGUCUCGUUUGGAACAAAGUCGCCGCAAUGACGUGUGGAAAAACUUCACCAUGCAAGCAAGUACUCAAGAAAUGUUUGUACUUCCUGUUUGGACAGGAAGUGGCUUCAGUGCGUGAAAAGCGUCAAGUCUCCAGAGCUCUUCAAGCUUGUUGGUUUUCACCUCAAGGGAAACAAAAGCAUGAGUUUCUUUUCAUUUAUUUAUUAACGUUAGCUGGCACGCUUCUGCUGCGGCGACAGCGGCCAUUCUUUGAAUGAAGAAUAUUACUGGUGCGGAAGUUAUUUUUUUUCUGGACACUUUCAAAGAUGGCUUCCAGUGAGGGAGCAUUUUUGUUUUUGUUUGCUUUUUUGAAUUUUACAAAAGUGGCCACUGAGGGUGUCGCUAAGGUGAUGGUGGCGUAGUGAUAUCACAUGUGGACAGCAUACGACGUCACAUGAUCUCACAUUUCAUGACGUCUC